UUACUCACUACACACUCAUACUUUCCUCACUAAACACACGUCCCUUAUUUGUUCACUUUCUUUACAAUGUCAUAAUACUGCUCUGCCUGACCGAAUAGAUCGAACAGAGCAGUAUUAUUACACUAUUAGUAUAGUUUAACCUGUUAUAUUUUUUUUCGUUACGUUAACGAAAAAAAUGGGGGAUGUGUCAACUUUUCAAGCAACUGCCUCCGAUAUAGCGGGGCAAGUAGGGAUGAUGUGGGAAGUAUUGAAAGCACCAUUGUUAGUACCAUUGUUAAGGGCAGCAGUGUACAUUUGCUUAGUAAUGGAGUUGAUGUUAUUUGUUGAGAGGCUAUAUAUGGGAGUAGUCAUUGUUCUUGUUAAGAUUUUCAUGAAAAAACCAGAUAAAAGAUAUAAAUGGGAACCAAUGGCUGAUGAUGAUUUGGAGAUUGGGAGUGCAGGUUUUCCUAAAGUUCUUGUUCAAAUCCCCAUGUUCAAUGAAAAAGAGGUGUAUAAGAUCUCCAUUGGAGCUGCGUGUAACCUUUCGUGGCCGUCGGAUCGUCUAGUGAUUCAAGUUCUUGAUGACUCUACUGAUCCUAUGGUUAAGGAUAUGGUUGAGACAGAAUGCUUAAGGUGGGCAAGCAAAGGACUUAACAUAACGUACCAAAUUAGAGAAACCAGAGGUGGAUACAAAGCUGGUGCACUUAAAGAAGGAUUAAAGCAUAAUUAUGUCAAAGAUUGUGAAUAUGUCGUCAUUUUCGACGCCGAUUUUCGACCCGAAACAGAUUUUCUCCGUCGAUCCAUCCCGUUCCUCAUUCACAACCCGGAAAUCGCCCUUGUUCAGGGUCGAUGGCGAUUUGUGAAUGCAAAUGAGUGUUUAUUGACAAGAAUGCAAGAGAUGUCACUAGAUUACCAUUUUACAGUGGAGCAAGAAGUGGGCUCAUCUACUCAUGCAUUCUUUGGUUUCAAUGGAACUGGUGGGAUAUGGAGAAUAGCAGCCAUUAAUGAAGCUGGUGGAUGGAAAGAUAGAACAACUGUUGAAGACAUGGACCUUGCUGUUAGAGCUAGUCUUAAAGGCUGGAAGUUUGUUUACCUUGGUGACCUCCAGGUGAAAAGUGAGCUUCCAAGUACAUUCAAAGCGUUCCGUUUUCAGCAGCAUCGUUGGUCUUGUGGGCCUGCCAAUUUGUUCAGGAAAAUGGUGAUGGAAAUUGUCAGGAACAAGAGAGUGAAUUUCUGGAAGAAGUUUUAUGUGAUCUACAGCUUCUUCUUCGUCAGGAAGAUCAUAGCUCACAUGGUUACAUUUUUCUUCUUUUGCGUCGUUCUUCCAUUGACCCUUUUGGUUCCUGAAGUUGAAGUCCCGAUAUGGGGUGCCAUUUACAUCCCCUGCAUUAUCACCACUCUCAACUCCGUUGGAACUCCAAGGUCAAUUCAUUUGCUGUUCUAUUGGAUUCUCUUCGAGAACGUGAUGGCUUUCCAUCGAACCAAGGCUACAUUCAUUGGCUUGCUCGAAGCAAAGAGAGCUAACGAAUGGGUCGUCACAGAGAAACUAGGUGAUACUCUUACUAACAAGAACAAGCCAAAACCUGCCAAGAAAGCUCGAGGACCUCUAUUCGGAGACAGGAUUCUUCCUCAAGAAUUGGGAUUUGCAGUGUUCCUUUUCUUCUGUGGUUUAUAUGAUGUCCUUUAUGGGAAGCGAGUGUACUUCAUUUACGUCUUUCUCCAAGUCAUAACCUUUACCAUUGCUGGAUUCGGCUACGUUGGCACGAUAGUCCCCUCCUAGCCGCACCGCCAGCAGCAGCAUUCCCAUUACUGGCACGAGUUUAAUCGCCAAGGAUUGUUUAUUUCUUCUUCGACACAGAAAUAUAAGUUAUAUGAAGUACUUCCCCUGCAGCAAUUUGGAUGGUUAUUUCAAGAAGAUCAUCCUUGUUAAGGCAGAACAACUCCAAUCUCCGUGGAAUUUUCUUCGGACUGAGAAGGAGAACGUAAAAUAGACGAAAAGCAGAACAUUGAAGCAGUGAAAUAGAAAAUGGAUUAGCAAAUAGAUAGAUUAUAUUUUCUCUCUAGUUAGAGUGUUUUUUAGUUGUGUGAAAUUAUAUUUUCUUUGAAUUUGUAAGACAUUUUUUUUGUUUUACUUAUUGUUGUAUCUCUCAGCUUUCUAGAUAUGGCAACAAGGGCCAAACUCUGUAAUCAAAUUUUUUUGUCAUUCUAGUCUAAAUUCUUUACUUUGGUCAUGGAUGUAUUAUUAUCAAGACUCUUUCAAUAUAUAGGAGUAAGUGAUUAUUCAAUGAA